ACCCUAGAGUUAUCCGUAUUGCAAAUAAAAUAAAAAUUUCAUAGACAGAUCUGCCGAUGCCGACUUCCGACAACUACGCCUCCUACCCUCCCUCCUACCGCCCAAGUCCCGGCGCGGCGGGUCCCGGACCCGACGCCGUUUCUUGCACGUCCGCCGCCGCCGGUCUACCGGUGGUGGACUUGAAGGGCCUGGACCAGGAGAGGCUGGUCGAGGCGUGCGAGGACUGGGGCAUCUUCAGAUUGGUGAACCAUGGGAUUCCCAGGGAGCUGCUCAGCGAGGUCCUGGAGCUCGCGAACGAGUUCUUCUCACGGGGGUUUGAGUGGAAGCAGGCGCUGAAGAGAAAGGCGAUGUUCUAUUUCUGGGGCAGCCCGUCGCUGUCCCAGUCCGGGACCUCCAAACAGACGGGACCUUUUGUCGAGAGCCAGAACUGGCUCGAAGGUCUUAAUUUUCCCCUCUCUGAAUCUUCUUCUUCUUUGGAAUAUGAUCUUCCUCUGCUUCAAAGAUUCAGGUCGUUGUUGAUAGAAUAUGGCGCCCACCAAACGAGGCUCGCACAAACGUUAUUCAACGCCAUGGCCAACCACCUCGCAAUUCCUCUUGCAAAGUCAUCCUCAUACUUAUCGCCGCCCACCGCCUUUCUCCGUGUCUACCGCUACCUCCGGUGUCCUGGCGCGGACCGGAGGCUAGGCAUUAUGGAACACACAGAUAGCUCCGUCUUGACCAUUCUUCACCAAGACCAUGUCGGCGGCCUCCAAGUGUAUAGGGACCACAUGUGGCUCGACAUUGACCCCGUGCCCGACACACUUAUUGUCAAUCUUGGAGACAUGAUGCAGGCAAUGAGCAAUGACAGGUACCGAAGCAUAAAGCAUCGUGUUCGGGUUAGCGAGUCACAAGAGAGGAUAUCGGUCGGCUACUUUGUGUUCCCGGCCGAGGAUGCAAUAAUAGAAAGUUCUAUGUAUCGACCUUUCACUUAUACGGAGUUUCAAGACAAGAAGGCCGCCGACUUGAAGAUAGUAGGCGACAAGGUCGGCCUUCCUAGAUUUAGGAUUCAUCAAUAUGCAUGAGAUUUUAUGAAAUUUGUGGUUUUAACCGUAAUGAUUUGUUCGUUUUUGCAAGUGAAGCUUAUUAGUAAUAUAAAAAUAAUAUUCUAUUCGUCCGGCUAAAA